CGCGUGCGUUGUAAGUGCCCCCGCGCGGGCGGGGGCGGGGCUGCCGGCACGAGCCGCUGCCGCCGAUUAAAGGUAACAGAAGUUGAAAACACCCUCCCAGAAAUACCCUGCUGGCUUUGCUCUGGGGUUCCCCUCCCUCUCCAGGAUGGCAGGUGGCAUCACUGACACUGGAGAGCUUUACUCUCCCUAUGUUGGCCUGGUGUAUAUGUUCAACCUCAUCGUGGGAACAGGAGCCCUGACCAUGCCCAAGGCUUUUGCCACAGCAGGGUGGCUUGUCAGCCUCAUCCUCCUGAUGUUCUUGGGAUUUAUGAGCUACAUGACUACGACCUUUGUGGUGGAAGCCAUGGCUGCUGCAAAUGCCCAGCUGAGAUGGAAGAGAAUGGAAAAACGCAAGGAGGAUGAUGAAGAUGAGGAUUCUUCCUCUGGAGUGUCUGACAGUGAUGUUCUCCUCCAAGACGGCUACGAGCGAGCAGAGACACGGCCUAUCCUGUCAGUUCAGAGACGUGGCUCAGCCAAUAUCUUUGAAAUUACUGAGAGGGUUGAAAUGGGCCAGAUGGCUUCCAUGUUUUUCAAUAAAGUGGGUGUCAACCUCUUCUAUUUCUGCAUAAUUAUCUACCUCUAUGGAGAUCUGGCAAUCUAUGCAGCUGCAGUGCCAGUAUCCCUAAUGCAGGUGACAUGCAGUGUCACUGGCAACCAUUCUUGCAGUGUUGGAGAUGGCACAAAGUACAACGACACAGACAAGUGCUGGGGGCCAAUUCGAAGGAUUGAUGCUUACAGGCUGUAUCUGGCAGCAUUCACGCUCCUCCUGGGUCCUUUCACCUUCUUCAAUGUGCAGAAGACCAAGUAUCUUCAAAUCAUGACAUCCCUCAUGAGAUGGAUAGCUUUCAUCCUCAUGAUUAUUCUGGCCCUCGUCCGCAUCAGCAGAGGCCAAGCUGAAGGUCACCCGUCCAUGGCCCAGCUGUCGGGCAUCCGGAACCUGUUCGGGGUGUGCGUCUAUUCCUUCAUGUGCCAGCACUCCCUGCCAUCCCUCAUCACCCCCAUUUCCAAGAAGAAGCAUGUCAACAAGCUUGUGCUGCUCGAUUACAUCCUGAUCCUGGCAUUCUACAGCCUCCUGUCCUUCACUGCCAUUUACUGCUUCCGCAACGACACCCUUAUGGACAUGUACACGCUCAACUUCACCAACUGUGAGAUCAUCAGCAUGGCCUUCAUUCGGUACUUCCUGGGCCUCUUCCCUGUCUUCACCAUCAGCACCAACUUCCCCAUCAUCGCAGUGACCCUGCGCAACAACUGGAAGACCCUUUUCCACAGAGAAGGGGGCACCUACCCGUGGGUGGUGGAUAGGAUUGUCUUUCCUGCCAUCACGCUGAUUCCCCCAGUGCUGGUGGCUUUCUGCACCCACGAUCUGGAGUCCUUGGUGGGGAUCACGGGAGCCUAUGCUGGGAAUGGGAUCCAGUAUCUCAUCCCAGCUUUCCUCGCGUACUGCAGUCGGAAAGACACUCAGCUGGUCUUCGGCACUGGGACUGUGAACAAACACCUCUCCCCUUUCCGGCACAGCUUCUGGAUUGUGUUCGUGCUCAUUUGGGGUUUCUCUUGCUUCGUGUUUGUGACUGCAAACAUUGUCUUGAGUGAAUCAAAGCUCUGAUGAGGGUUAGCAGCGCACUCCCUCUGGAGCUCCAGAGACUCCAGCAUUUCCAGUCCCCCUCUAGAACUGUGCAGUGAGGGGGAGAGGCAGUAUGAAGGGAAGUUUCCAGACUGUUGGCAUGAUGACACAGACUUUCUUCACUCCACUUUGGGUGUGGAUGGAGUGGACUCAGCCUUGUUACAGUUCUGGUUCUCAGACAAAGCCUUGGCAGCCUGCACCGUUUACCAGUGUCCAGCCAUUCCUGCCUUUGGCUCUGUCAGAGCAGCACUUUCUCUGUCUGUCCCUCUGUGGGUCUCUGUGUGCUGCAGGUCUCAGCACAGGAGAGACAACCUUGGCUGUGUCACUAAAUGUCAAUUCUCCCAAAGGCAGGAAGGAAUGUGCUGUGCAGGAUCCAGCAGGAGUUUGGGAUAACUGAGUCUCUUCUUUCUACUGAGACUCCUUCAGACCAACCUCCUGCGCCAACUGAAGGAAAACAUAAGGGUGAAAUAGACCUAAUUCAGAAGGAAA